AUGCUGCUAGCUAGGACAAUGGAUCCCACCCACCAGCGAGCUGCUGAUUCUUCCGAUAGCUUCCUACCUGCAUGCCCUGAUCCGGUGCUCACCACCUCAUGUGGCGUGUUUAGUUUUCCUCAGCUGUGGCGGACCCCGCGCAUGCGGUCGGCGCUGGCGCGUUUUUCGCCUUCCCGCGUGCCGCCAGACGUGGAGAGGGCGCUGCUGGGGGUGGCGUGGGUGGCGGGAUGGGCGGGGCUGUGCGCGUGGGUGGUGUGGAUCGCGCACUCGCAGGCCGCCAAUCCGCGACAGGAGGCGAUGCGAGCGUGGUGUCGCACGCGCGUGCGAUACCUUCACCAGGACAUUCUAUCGUGCAUCGCCCGCGCGCAGGAGUCAAUUGGCCUGGUGGGCGCAUUUGGGCACUUUGGGCCGCGCAGCAGUAGCAACCUGAGCUACUGGGGGCUGGCGGGGUGCGUCAACAAUGCGUCAUUGCUGGACUAUAACCUCCGGGCGGACGCCAUUGCCAACUACAGCACAGGCACCGUCAUCAUGUUCGUCAGUGACCGGGACAGGUCACCACCGGUGGACGCCAUUGCCAACUACAGCACAGACGCCGUCAUCGUGUUCGUCAGUGACCGGGACAGGCCUCUAGUGGAGAACAUCACGGGGUUUCAGAUCCGCUCAGUGCUGGGCCUGCCCGCCCCAAGGAAGGAUCUGUACGGAGUGAACGUGUAUGGCAGCAUCAACCCCGACUUUCCCCUGCAGCCCUUCACCGACUUCUCUCCGGUCGUCCCUCCCGCCCAGCUUGACAACCUGCUCAAAGGGAAGGCAUACGCGGGUGCUCCUUGCUCUGCUGGGCCCGGAUACGUGGCAAGUGUAUUUGUCAUUCCAAUCUUCAGCCAUUCUGUUCCAGCCAAUGCAUCGUUGCAAGAGAUCCGAAGCAGCGUGAGAAUCGCAUGGGGCGGCGUGGUGCAUCUUGAAUGGAGAGCCCGAGAACUAUUGCGCAUGCUUGAAAAUGGCAGCACCACAUACUCAUUCGCCAUGUAUGACAACACAGAAGCAGGCGAGUUGAAGCAGAUAUACGGCCCAGAUGAGCCGCGGUUGGAGAGAGCUUCUGCCUUCCCCGCCGUGCUGCCCACGCCUGUGCUUGUGCCACCUGACCAUGUGGAGCCUUUUCCCGAGGACAUGCUUGGCCGCACAUACGAGGCGCACUGCAGAUUUCUAAGGGAAGGUGCUCCCACCACCUACUUGGGACCUCGUGUACGCUCCCAUGCUGCUGGGCCUGCUGGUGCUGCUAAUGUCUCAUUACAUGAAGUCUGUCUCCUUCACAUGAAUGCCAACCCAACGUGCAGGUUUGAAGGCGCCUACCCCAAGUGGGACCUCGUGUUUGAAGGCGCCUACCCCAAGUGGGACCUCGUUUAUGCUCCCAUGCUGCUGGGCCUGCUGGUGCUACUAGUGGCAGUGCUGCUGUCCAUCAUGAUUGCAGUACUGGCGUGGAAAAGGAGAAAUAUAGAGGCGGAUGUGAAGGAGAUUCAGAUAUGCACCGCCAUCUUGGAGCGAGCUGAGCGGUCCAAGAGUGAGGCGGUGGCCAGCACCUCGCAUGAGCUGCGCACCCCAAUUAUUGGCAUGAUGGGCAUGAUAGAGGAACUGUUGGAUUCGCCAUUGGAGGAGUGGCAGUAUGAGGACCUGAGGGUGGCGAGGGCGUGUGCGGGCGAGACGGUGGAGCUUAUCAACCGAGUGUUGGACCUUGCCAAGCUGCAGGCCGGCCGGCUGCAGCUUGAAACUCUCCCCUGCUGCUUGAGACGCAUCGUGCGCGAGGCAACUGCAGUUGCUGAACCGAUAGCACCAGGAAAGAAUUUGCAAGUCCAUGUGGAUGAGAGCGUUCCAGAAACUCUUCUCGGCGAUCCAACUCGGCUUUUGCAAGUCACGGCUGAACUUGUCGACACUGGCGGUGGUAUACCACCCGAGGAGCUGUGGGGGUUGCUGGACCCACAUGGCCUCGCUUGCCACUCACCACACGACAUGCAUGGCAACGGGCAUCAUAAAGUCAUGGGGGGAAAGAAGGUGCUACCUGGUUUCUUUCCUGAUCCCUUCCUUCAAUCCCGCUCCUUCUCCCCACAGGUGGCGGAGAUGCGGGGGGGCAUGGCAGUGCUGUCAGACGCCUCCACAGGCACCACCAUUCUGCUGGCGCUGCCCUUGGGGGGAGGGGAGCUCGCCGGCAGCAGCAGGGGAACUGGGGAGGAGAACGAGAAUCGGGUGGAAUUUGGCAAGUCAGAAGGGGCUGGUGAGGAGCCUGUGAAGCGAGAGAGUGGAUCGCGGGGGGACACGGAUGGGUCAGCUGGUGGAGCUGUGGCCAUGCCUCAUGCUGCUGCUGCCACGGCGCAACCAGCUUUGCCACCAUUGCAGAGCCCAGCAGUAGGGGUGCGUGCACUGGUGCGGGCGCACACGUGUCCGCAAGUGGAGAUGGAGAAGGGCAUGAGGGGCGGGGAGGGCGUGGGGGAGGCGGAGCGGGUGGUGCGGGGGGCGGUGGCGGGGCGGGGGGUGGCGGUGGUGGAUGACAACGCGGUGAACCGCAUGGUGGCAAGGAGAACGCUGCAGGGCUACGGGGCGCACGUGCUGCUGCUGUGCUCCGGGGAGGACGCGCUGCAAGCGCUCUCCUCUGCUCCUAAGGCGCCUCAACAGGCGCUCUCCUCUGCCACGCCCUCGCCGCCCAUCCACCUGCUGCUCCUCGACCUCCACAUGCCGCCUGGCAUCGACGGAUUUGAAACGGCUCGUCGACUGCGUGCCAUGGAAGAUGCACAGAAGAUGAAUGAAGCAGAUCAAAGUGUAGGUGAUGCAGGCAGUGUAACAUGUGCGUCCAGGCAACGGAUUUGCAUUAUAGCAUUGACUGCAGAUUUGGAUGCAGGGAUCAAGAGAGCAUGCUUGGAGGCGGGGAUGGAUGGAGCGGUGAGGAAACCUAUCACGGCACAGGAACUUGCUGCCGUGUUCUCUGCCAUUGGGCUCUCCUAG